GUAUAUCAAUGGUCGUCCUCUUCAUUCAGUCGACCUUUGAGAGCUUCCAUUUCUAUCCAGAGCUGCACAAUCGCCAUGGUGAAGGGACGUCAAGGAGAAUGUGUCAGGCUUUACACUCGUGGUACCAUUCUAGGAUACAAAAGGUCGAAAUCCAACCAGUAUCCCAGCACUUCGUUGAUUCAGAUUGAGGGAGUGAACACGAAAGAGGAAGUGACAUGGUACCAAGGUAAGCGUAUGGCUUACAUAUACAAGGCCAAGGUGAAGAAGAACGGAUCUCACUACCGUUGCAUUUGGGGAAAGGUUUCUAGGCCUCAUGGUAACAGUGGUGUUGUUAGAGCUAAAUUCAAGUCUAACCUCCCUCCCAAAUCUAUGGGUGAUAGAGUUAGGGUUAUGAUGUAUCCAAGCAACAUUUGAGGUGGUGUUAACUAUGGGUCCAUGAUUGAGUGAUGAAAAUCUGUGUGUGAAGACAUUUGAUUGAUCUUGCUUUGGUUUUGGAUCAAUUUUAUCAUCAAAUCAAAUUUUUAUUUAUUUUUGGCACUUUAUUUUGGAUAUUUAGAGUUGAACAUGUCAUAUCAGUGGUGGAUUUUAUUAACUUAUGAGAGAUAUUGUUCUCAAAUCUGCAUUGUCUUUUUUUGUCUGAUUUAAGCUUUCAAAUUUUUUUGAUAUU